UCCUUAUAGGGUACAAGCAGCGCCGACCAGCAACACACUCGGUCAGAACGGAGUAAAUCUGCGCUUGUCAUUCUAGCACUUUAGAACAUCAACAACAAAACCUACUUAACCAGUGACAGGUGACAGAGGAUGUCAAGAGCUGACUGGAGUUUCCUGGAGCAUCUACUCGAGGAGGGCCAGGAGCACUCGACUGGUGUCGGCCGCGUGUGGCUGACCGUCCUCUUCCUCUUCCGCAUCCUGGUGCUGGGAACGGCCGCCGAGUCCGCCUGGAACGACGAGCAGUCCGACUUCAUCUGCAACACCAAGCAGCCCGGCUGCGAGGCCGUCUGCUACGACAAGGCCUUCCCCGUCUCCCACUUCCGCUACUUUGUGCUCCAGAUCAUCUUCGUCUCCACGCCCACCAUCUUCUACUUCGGUAUCGUGGCCAUGGAGGUGGGGAAGAAGGCCAAGAGGCAAGAGGAGAAGAAGAGGAAGAAACAGGAGAGGGAGAGCCGGGGAGGAGAGGCGUCGUCGGGGAGGCCCAGUCUGGAGGUGAUUCAGGAGAAGGACGAAGAUGCGGAGGAGGAGGAGAGGAAGGUGGAGAGAGGAGGAGGAGGGGUGAAGCGAGGCGCGGGAGAGCCUCUGAGGCUGAAGGGCAAGCUGCUGUGUGCCUACGCCGUCAGCAUCCUCCUGAAGCUGUCCCUGGAGGUGGGCUUCAUCGUGGGCCUCUGGCUCCUCUACGGGUUCGUCAUCCCGGCCCGGUACGAGUGCCAGCGCGACCCGUGCCCGCACACGGUGGACUGCUACGUGUCGCGGCCCACCGAGAAGACCAUCUUCACCAUCUACAUCCAGACCAUCGCCGCCAUCUCCGUGCUGCUCAACGUGCUGGAGCUCUUCAGCCUGCUGCAGCUAGCCAUCAAAAACCACCUGGAGAAGCGCUACCGGCGGCAGUGCCAGGGGCCCGUCGUCAGGGCGCGGGAGAUUGCCAGGGCCCCGUCUCGCCUGGAGAUCGGCGGGGAGAACACACCCGCCCCUGCCUACGAGGAGAGGGGGGAUCAGUACCUCCCCGCCGAAGAGGGGGGGCUCCCUCAGCUGCCCAGCUAUCUGAACUGCAUCAGCAGUAUGAGGCCCUUGGCAAACAGGGGCCACCACAACAGCAAACACCAUCCGCAAGCAACAGAGCAAGCGCAAUAAACACGGCCACCACAAGGGCGGCGGACCCCAGGCAUUACAUGCGAGGCCUGCAGGGGGGAAGACACUAAAGGGGUGCUCUAUAUAAAUGACCUUAGGGACCAGGGAAUAGGCUGGAGGAACAGUACACACACACACACACACACACACACACACACACACACACACACACACUCAACAAACACACAAACACUCACAUGCACGUCCCAUGGGAUCCUGUGGAUUGCUUUAAAGAAGGAGCCACUUCCCUUGUUUGGACAGGCGCUUUGCGGGAUCUUUCUUUCUGAACUUAAUUACCCCCAACGGACAAGAGCCACAACCCAGUGUCCUUUCCCCCAGCAAGCACAGGAGCCCUAGUGUCUGAGAGAGGCAUUGUGGGACACUGGAGUCAUCCAGAGGAACAAGCACAGGAGCCCUAGCAUAAACAUAUAUAGAUAUACAUAUAUAUUUAUAUGUCUAUGAUCCCUAGUGUCUGGGAGAGGCACUGUGGGACACUGGAGUCAUCCAGAGGAACAAGCACAGGAGCCCUAGUGUCUGAGAGAGGCAUUGUGGGACACUGGAGUCCUCCAGAGGAACUUGAAGAUGCUAUGAGCAGCGUAUAAGCAGCAGAGUGACUGUGACGGAUUAGACACACUGCCAUAGCUCAGUCGGCACAGAACAACACUGUGAGGACCACCGUGGCACCGGACUGCACUUAAGGCCUGACAAUAAUAUUUAAAGAUGUAAUUUAAUUUUUUUUGAAUAAUUUUGUAUUUAAAUUUUAUAUUUAUUCUUGAUCAAUACACACAAAAAACUUGUAAAUAAUAAAGCUUUUAUGUAUUCAGUGAUAUUGAUGUAUUUCAUGUAGAUAAUUUCAGUUUUGAAAUGAAGGGUGAGAUCUGCUUUGCAUUCCUCUAGUUCAGUUCGUAGUCGAGCAAGGUCGAAGGUCGUAACAACACCCCAGUCACAGUUUAACACCCAAGGAGACACACAUGCUAACUCAAAUAUUACACUUGUCCUCCAUUGCAAGUUAUUUUGGAUGAAAGCAUCUGUUGUGAAAAUAAAAGCAAAUCUCAGUCAGUCAUGACAGUCCACAGCUUUACGCCAGAGGGAGAAUACCCAUAUAGCCAUUAGAGUUCCAGUUCCAGCUACGGCCUUGAGCAAACGCUUUUUUCCAAAGCGACUUACAAAGGAUUACAUUUAAGAACAAAAACAUAAUGAGAAAAUUAAGCAAUAAGAAUAAUGCAAUUCAAUUCAUAUAACAAUUUCAAAGUAUCAUGUCAAAGUACAACAAUAACAACAACAACAAUAAUAAUAAUAAUAAUAAAAAA